GCAAUCUUCAGAUUCGGGGCAUGGCUCAUUGCUAAUUGUUAUACAAACUUUGAAAAUGUAUUUAUAGCCUUUUAUUCAGUUCUAUAUGGCGUUAUAAAUGUUGGACUGUCCACUUCUUUGGCACCGGAUUUUGGCAAAGCUAAAGUUUCCGCCCAACGAAUCUUUCAGCUUUUGGAUCAGAAACCCUUAAUUGACAGCUAUAGUGAAGAGGGUACAAAACUGAGUCAGUUUGAUGGCAACAUUGAAUUCAGAGACAUCCAUUUUAUAUACCCUACAAGACCAGAAGCUCAAGUUUUGCAAGGACUCAGCGUGAAGGUUAAUAAAGGACAGACGCUAGCCUUGGUGGGGAGCAGUGGUUGUGGCAAAAGCACAUCCAUUCAGCUGCUGGAGAGAUUUUAUGACCCUAUGGCAGGACAAGUGUUUGCAGACGGGUUCGAUACCAAAUCUUUGCAUUUGCAAUGGUUAAGGUCCAAAUUGGGUAUUGUGUCACAGGAGCCUAUUUUGUUUGACUGUAGCAUUGCUGAAAAUAUCCAGUACGGAGACAACAGUAGGGUUGUCAGUCAGGAGGAAGUUGAAGAGGCAGCUAAAGCAGCAAAUAUUCACACCUUCAUAGAAAAUCUCCCAGAGGUAAAUGAAAAUGUCUUUCCAGUCUCAGUGUGGGGUAAAUAUUCACUGUGACUU